UAAUACAUACAUAGAGAGAGAGAACCCUUCCUCUCGAGUCUCGAUCAACCAAACCAACUAACAAAUGGAGAAGUACGAGAAGCUAGAGAAAGUGGGGGAAGGAACCUACGGAAAAGUCUACAAAGCCGUGGAGAAAUCCACGGGAAAACUCGUCGCACUCAAGAAAACGCGCCUGGAGAUCGACGAGGAAGGCAUCCCGCCCACCGCCCUCCGCGAGAUCUCCCUCCUCCAGAUGCUCUCCUCCUCCCUCUACAUCGUCCGCCUCCUCUCCGUCGAGCACGUCCUCAAACCCCCCUCCAAAUCCAACCUCUACCUCGUCUUCGAGUACCUCGACACCGACCUCAAGAAGUUCGUCGACUCCUUCCGCAAAUCCCCCAACCCUAAACCCCUCGGCGACGAUCUGAUCCAGAAGCUCAUGUUCCAGCUCUGCAAGGGCGUCGCGCACUGCCACAGCCACGGCGUGUUGCAUCGAGAUCUGAAGCCGCAGAAUCUGCUGCUGGUGAAGGAUAAGGAGUUGCUUAAGAUCGCUGAUUUGGGGCUCGGGAGGACCUUCACUGUGCCGCUUAAGUCGUAUACUCAUGAGAUUGUGACGCUUUGGUAUAGGGCUCCUGAGGUUCUUCUUGGAUCCUCUCAUUAUUCUACUGCUGUUGAUAUGUGGUCUGUUGGUUGCAUCUUUGCUGAGAUGGUUAGGAGGCAAGCUCUCUUCCCUGGUGAUUCUGAGUAUCAGCAAUUGCUUCAUAUCUUCAAAUUGCUAGGAACACCAAGUGAGCAGCAGUGGCCUGGUGUUUCAUCUCUGCGUGACUGGCAUGUCUACCCAAAGUGGGCGCCGCAAGACUUAGCACGUGCUGUUCCAUCUCUUUCCCCUCAAGGAGUUGAUCUUCUCACGAAAAUGCUCAAGUACAAUCCUGCUGAAAGAAUUUCAGCAAAGACAGCACUUGAUCACCCUUACUUUGACACCCUUGACAAAUCCCAGUUCUGAAGUUUCCCUUCAAUUCAAGAAUAUGACUUUUAUCUUUGAGUUGAAGAGUUAAUUGACCAAAACUUGUUAUCAUCAUCUUGGUGAAUCUGAACAUUUGAUUUCUGUUGCUUUCCGACACCAUCAGUGUCAUGUUUGAAUUAGAGACUUGUUUUCUCAGUUGAAUGUAAACACACAAUGGUAAGCUUCCCAAAAGGUCGCUUCUUUAUAUUGUCUAGGUUGCUUCUUUA